UUCUCAUCCUUUGCAAAACUGUUUCGUUAGUAUAUAAAGAGUCACGCUUCUAUAUGAAUAUCAAUCCGCUCUCGCCUUUGAACGAAUCUUGUGGUGAACCGGUCUACGUGGAUAACAAAAAAUCAAGAUGACUUCCGUGACUCAAAGUGCGUUGAUAAUUUUAGUUGUCGUAACGACAUGGCCGUGGGCUUCUUUCGCUAGAAAAGUGCAAUAUCAGGAGUGUAACCCUAAAAGAAACAUCAAAAUGAUGGAUGUGGAUAACUGCGAUGUUCAACCGUGUCGGGUCUUCCAUCGUACAACGAUAAAGAUGACAACUCAAUUGAGUUCCCCCAUCAAUUCAUCGUCUGCUGAGUGGGAGAUCCGAGCUUUCGUAAACGGUCGUCCAUAUGGUCAUCCUGAGCCUGUAUCCGAUGCCUGCCUAUUCGUUAAUUCAACAUCGCCUAAUGCGUUCUCUAGUAGCCAUCGAACGCCAUUGAAUUCAGAUCAGUUUAAAAGCGGACCCUCGACGGCUUACCGACAGAAAUCGUUUCUUCCAAUGUGCCCACUAUUUGCGGGAAAGAUCUACCGUUUUUCAAACGUUUUCUACGUCCACGAUCAGUUUCCCAAGGUGGCGACAACGAUACAGUAUCUUCUGAGGGGCGAUAAUGACGAAAUGAUAGCUUGCGCCAGAUUGCAUAUUCUAAUGUCCUCGUAAGCGCUAAGCGUUCCAUGCUGGCUACCUUCUACAAGUGUAAGCUUGUACAGGUCGAAAUCUCUGGCAGCAGAUAGGUAAAGGUUCCGCUUCGAUUCCCGUUUCCAAAUUCACUACCGAUUCUUGAUAAAAGAAAAAAAGAAACACAGGAGUUGCUCGUCUUCUCAUACGAUCAAACAAAGAAAGGUCGUAUUUGGUACGCGUAUCGGUUUGCGUUGCACUGUGUUAGGAACAACGAGUAAAUACCAAACUCCAUAUGAGCUCGCUAAAAUUAGCGACAUGACCCCCGUCUUAGCUGAAUAUGAAGAAGUGAGCAUAGCUUAUAGGAGCAAAAUAUUAGGAAAGACAAUUCAUUUGAUAUGUAUAUAUUUUUCAAAGGAAAUCUGGAGUACAACCAACUGAAAACUACACAUUUGUAUGUUUGUAAAAGUUAAAAAAAACAUUCAGGAAACACAGAAUGUCCGUUUCGGCAACUAUUUGAUGUAAUGACCAUUAUUAUAGAACUGACUCGAGAAGGCUCUUAAUAUGAUUUGUAAAUUUCAAAACGCAUCACACUACUGUCUUAUUAUGUAUAUAACGCUUUAUAUAAGAACAAAAGCGCUCAACUAGGUACUGAGAUUAUAUAGGUAGUAUCUAUAGGUCGACUAUUAAGUGGAUUUGUUCGCCUGUAAAUACCUCGUACGUAGUCUGCUCUCGUGUGUAUUAUUAUUUAUAUAAUUCGGCGAGGAUUUUGCCUAGUCGACAGCCUGUAAAUAUAGCACAAACGAUGUAUGUUUUGACUGACGUCGCCAAAAGUCAAUACUGUAAAAUUAAGUAGCAUGCUUAAG